GCGUCAGGCCAUUCGAACUGUGGCUCUCACAGCGAGCACUGCCUGCUCGUAUACUUGGCGCGAAGCUUUCACGCGGUAUUGACGCGUUACCGGUUACCGAAGGGGAUUUUUCUUGAGUUUUCGGAGAACAAUCGGCGUACAAGAGAUGACAAGAAGUUCGUUGCAGAAUUGACCGCGUAAAUUUGAGGAAGACAUUCGUCGGAACAGAUGUAGUGUGUGCGAAAUAGUAAGUGCAAGUCGACAACAGAGCAUAUAUUGCCCGAAAACGGAAACCGGUGUUAAGAAAAUAGUGCAAAGAAAAGUUGAAAAAAAAAACAAAACGUGAUUGAGCGCAGGUGCUGCGUCUACAACGCUCCUGAUAGGAUAGCUUAUGCGAACAGAGAACAAUCAUUGUUCGUAGAAUUCCUUCUUUUUUCAAAGGUGAGGAAUCCAUAAUCUAGCUUGGAAGGGUUAUCAUUGGCACACCCCGCAAUCAUGGAAGACGAAGCACUGAAGAAAGACAGUCGAAAGGGAUCGUUCAAGGCCGGCGAUUUCAGCGACAAUGAUGCAAAGAAAGGAGGAGACGGUGGCGAUGGGGAGAUUACACUUAAACCUAAAAUGACUCUAGUCAACGGAGUAACCGUAAUUGUGGGAUCGAUUAUCGGCUCCGGAAUCUUCGUCUCACCUACCGGUGUGCUUAUCAAUACCGGCAGUGUCAAUAUGUCACUGGUUGUUUGGGUCCUGUCCGGGUUGUUUUCAAUGGUCGGUGCUUAUUGCUAUGCCGAGUUGGGAACGAUGAUCAAAAAAUCCGGUGCUGAUUACGCGUACAUCAUGGAAACAUUCGGACCUUUCCUAGCGUUCAUUCGUCUCUGGAUCGAGUGUAUGAUUGUACGUCCUUGCUCACAGGCCAUCGUUGCGCUGACUUUCAGUGUGUACGUUCUGAAGCCCUUCUUUCCCGAGUGUCAACCACCGGAAGAUGCUGCCAGACUUCUGGCCGUCUGCUGUAUAUUGGUUCUAACGUUCGUUAACUGUUGGGACGUCAAAUGGGCCACCGCCGUUCAGGACAUCUUCACCUUUGCCAAACUGCUGGCUCUAUUCAUCAUCAUUGGCACCGGCGCGUUCUAUCUGUUCAAAGGCAACACGGAGAACUUCACCUUCGAUAACACAAAAACCGAGGUCACCUCAUUGGCACUAUCGUUUUAUUCGGGUUUGUUCGCCUACAAUGGAUGGAACUACCUGAACUUCAUCAUAGAGGAGCUGAAAGAUCCCGUAAAAAAUCUACCUCGUGCCAUUGCCAUAUCCUGCACUCUAGUCACGGUAGUGUAUGUCUGCACUAACAUAUCCUUCUACACCGUCCUGUCGCCGGAGGAAGUACUUGGCUCGGAAGCAGUCGCUGUCACCUUCGCGGAUCGCGUUUUCGGCAUUUUCGCAUGGACCAUACCAGUUUUUGUGGCCCUGUCGACCUUCGGUGCCGUUAAUGGAAUCCUGCUGACGUCAUCGCGGCUGUUCUACGCCGGUGCCUGCGAAGGCCAAAUGCCCGAGAUUCUAACAAUGAUUCAAAUACAACGACUUACUCCAACCCCGGCCGUCCUGAUAAUGGCGCUGUUAUCGAUGGUUUACCUGACAGUAUCGGACAUUUUCGCACUGAUCAACUACGUCGGAUUUGCAACAUGGUUGAGUAUCGGCGUCGCUGUUCUCUGUCUACCAUGGCUGCGGUGGAAGCAACCAGAUCUAACCCGUCCAAUCAAGGUUAACCUGCUGUUCCCAAUCUUCUACUUGAUCGCCACAGUAUUCGUCACCGUAGUUCCUAUGAUUGCCAGCCCGGUGGAGACUGGCUAUGGGCUACUAAUGAUUCUGUCCAGUAUUCCGGUCUACUGUUUGUUCAUCGCGUGGCGAAACAAACCGAAAUGGUUCAACUAUUCUAUAGUGGCCAUCACUCGCUUCCUGCAGAAAAUGCUCAUGGUCGUUGGAAAGACCAAACCAGCUCAGGUUUAAACCCAAUCACCCCCAUGGUAGCGAGGUUACGACGCGGACCCUCGACAACUAAUCUCCUUCUGAAGUCAUUGAAACAUCACAAUAAAUAUCACAUGUAUUCACCGUUUAAAAACAAAAACCGGACCACAGCUCAGAAAUCCAGAAAUACAAUCGAAGAAAAAAUAGCAGAGUUCGGAGAGUUCGAAGAGUGAUAAGUGAUUUAGCCCUAGUUUCGAUUCGCAUUAGUUUUAAAUUCCACUAUCAGACUCUUUUUAAAAGAUAACCAUUCUACAAAGGCUGUUUGUGUCUCAGCAGGAACGUUUCAUUCCAUAGUGUUUUAUUAAGAUUUAUUGUGUGAAUACUUGUUUUGUCUUAUUUAAUGUUUAUGUUAGAAACUUACAUCGCACAAUAUAUAACAUGUUCCUUUUUUAUCGCUGGUUGAUUACUACUUCAUUAAGCAGUGAGGCGGAUAGAGCGGACUCUCAACCACAAACUUAACAUAGAAGAGGAAAACCAAGUAUUCAUUUCCAAUGACUGAAAAUCUACUAAAUUUGGAACCCGAAACCAGAAAUUGACUGAGUAUUGCAAAAAAAACACUCCAUAGAAUAUCAACUUUUGUUAUUAAUUUCAUUUACAGUCGGUUUUACAGAACAAUGUAAUAGAUGUUCAUCUAUUACAUUGUUCUAAAUUAGUCGAAACAAACAAAAAUUUCUUUGCCUUUAAGCAAUAACAGAAAUCAAAUUUAAAUGAUUUUCGUUUCAAGAAACAAAUCGAACACAUAUUGUUAUGAUUAUUAUUAACAUAUUUGGAGUACAGCUCUGCAUAGCACAUAUCAUCAACCAAUCGGAAUCUCACUGUAUCUUUGUUGAUUUUUGCAUCUCCAUUGUUCAAGUUGGUAAUAAAUUAGUAAAAAGGUGGAGCUCCAACCCGGAGUUGGAUGACAGCUUGGCUAGCAUAAAUUCAUGCUUCCGGUUCCAACACAAACUCAAUUUAUUAUACACACUGCACGUAAUCAACUCAAAUUUAAUCACUAAGAAAACAAGUUUUACAUGUAUUUACUUCGAUGUGGUUACAAAACCAAACAGAUCUUUUGAAAGCGAAAGAAAUACCUUGUUGGUCGGAAAAUUCGGAAGUCGAUUAUGAUACGAAAAGGAAGGUGUUUCAACAGCCAGUUUCAAGCCGGAGCCGAACAGCUGAUCAACUCUGUUCGUUGAAACAUCACCCGAAUGGUUGAACUGAUUGCAAAAUAAUAAUUGUUGACAAUAAUGUAAAGUUUAGUGUAUAGCAUGAACAUACAAUCUAUUAAACGAAGUAUAAACCUAGAUUUCAAGACAUAUGCCAACCUGUACAUACACAUUAUAUUGCAUAAUACAAGACAGGCAUACGCAUAUGCUCAAAUGAAAGAGAACGAAUUAGGAAAGUAAAUCAACAUGUAGUAUUGAAAUUAUGCGAAAUUAAACAGCCAACUCCAUACCCAUACAUUCCACAGUAAGUGCUAGCGUCAAUGUAAAAUAGUUUGUAAGAUGUUGAAACCUCCGUUUGAGCACAACUGGAAAAGUUUGGCAAGCUAGCCGUUAGCUUUAUCACUAUAGAUAACCACCAAUUAGUUGAGCACUUUUCAGCCUAAAAGCAACAGCCAUAUAGCAAUCUGGGUAUGAAAAAAUUAUUCACAUCAUUUGUAAGAAAUACACCGAUAUGGUUUAGUUCGGAAAAUGCAUUCUUUUUGCCAAACUUGUCCACGUUGAGUGCUUGUACGCGAGCGAGGUUAAAGCGGCUGCAUUCAUCAAAUGGGAUAAACUAGCUUUUAGCAAUCAGUCAAAUAAAAUGUAGUGAUGCAAAAGAA